AUGUGGUCGUCGCUAGUGCUACCACUGCUCGCGCUUUCCUCGCUCACCGUCACAGCCCUCCCCAAAGGUCAACGUUGCAAUUGUGAGGAACACCCAGUAUGCAUCAUUGGCGCGGGCCCUGCCGGCCUAGCUGCUGCCGGCCGGUUAGAAGCGAAGGGCAUCAAGGCAGUCAUGUUCGACCGUCAAGAUGAAGUUGGUGGUAAAUGCCAGGCUUGGUAUGAUGACCAAGGCAUCUUCCACCCACUCGGCGCCGCCUUCCUCUCCAAUGCGUCGUACCCGAACACCAUCGACAUCCUCAACCAGACCAAUGUCUCGAUCGAGCCGUUUGCGCUUGCCGGCGCGCGCGAAAUGUACCGCUACAAUUACAUCAACGGCGACAUCAUGGUCAACCCCGCCCUGACCCCGCAGUUCACCGCGCAGGUAUCUGCAGAAAUUCCGAGGUACAUUCAGCUGUGGACGCAGCGCUUCCGACCGAUUAGUGUCGUGAACUACAAGAAUGGUGUACCAGACGAAUUCACCGUAUCCGGCGCAGAAUGGUUCCGCCAGAACAACUUCACUGCGCUGCCCAUUCUGCUCGUGAACCCCGUCGCGCUCUACGGUUAUGGCGAUAUCAACAUUGUUCCAGCGCUGUACAUACUGCAGUACUUCACCCCGGAUAUCCUCACGGCCUUUAUCGGCUUACACAGCGUGUACUACAUGGACUUCCACAAGAUGUUCGUCGAGUACGCCAAGAACCAGCUGUGCAAGACACCCAUUCACACUUCUUCCGAAGUCCGUUGCGUCGACCGGUCCGGCGACCACCCUAUCGUGUCCUACACAACACCUAUGAAGAACGGCAGCUAUGUCUCCUGGGAGAAGCAAGAGUGCUCAUCCGUCAUCUUCGCAUUCCCGCCAAGCAUCGAAAACCUCGAGCGCGUUGGUGUGGAUAUGACAGAGCAGGAGCACGACACCUUCAACAACAUCACGACGCACCAAUACUAUUCCUCCGCCGUAGAGCUCGAACUGCCCUUCGGCGUCUCCUACAUCGCCAACAGCACCGACGAGACAGUCCCGCCACCGAACGACGGCGAGCCCGUAGCCGUCCUCCACCUAAGCAAAGAAUCCAACGUCUCCGUAGCCUGGUCCUGGGGCCCAUACGACUUCCAAACCGAAGCCGCAGCUGAGAACCUCCUUAUCGACAGCUUAUCCAAGGUCAACAAGGACCCGCGCAAUGCCACGGAGCCAUCGCAGCCCUUCUGCGAAGACGACGUCAAGGCUUUCAAGAAGUGGGACUACUUCCCGCAUUUCGAGGGCGAUGCGCUGUCCAACGGCGCCUAUGCUAAGCUUAAUAAGCUGCAGGGCCAAAAGAAGACGUACUACGCGAGUGGACUCAGCGGCAUGGAAAUUGUCGAGUGGGCCAUUCGCGGUGGACGUGACGUUGUCGACACGUACUUUUAA